ACAUCCCAAAGACAAGAUGUCCUUAGAAACAUCAAUGGUGCGGAAAGUUUUGUCCUUGGAGUGAUGGAACAAGAUGAAGCUCUGAAAUUAUUCUGUAGGCAUGCUUUUCGAACGGAUUCUCCCCGUGAGAAAUUCAAGAAUCUGUCAAGAGAAAUUGUUGCUGCUACUGGCAGGCUUCCUUUAGCGCUCAAGGUGGUAGGUUCAUCUUUGUUUCUUGUGAAAUCAAUGAGUGUGGAGGGAAACAUUGAAUGCAUUGGAAGUAGCUCCACAUAAGAGAGUCGAAGCAGCCUUGAAGAAGAGCUAUACCAACCUAGAUGAGAAUGAACGGUAGAUAUUUCUUUAUAUAGCAUGCUUCUUCAUUGGAAAGGACAAGAGAAUCCCCUCUUACAUGUGGGACGACUAUAGGUAUUUUCCUUCCACAUCGAUUCGAGCUCUUCAUGCCCAGGUCUUUGGUAGAAAUCGGAGAGGAUAAAGAACUUUGCAUGCAUGAAAUACUGAAAACCUUCGGCCGGAAAAUGGUCAAGAAUGAAAACCAAUUUGAACCUUGCAAGUGCAGUAGACUGUGCGAUCACGAAGAUGCACUGCAUGUACUAAAUAACAGUAAGGGCACUGAGAAAGUUGAAGCCCUCAGGCUGGAGUUUGGUGACGGAACUGAAGGGAAUAUCUUUUUUGGAUGCGAUCAAUUCAAAGGUUUACAGAGCUUGCGGUUCCUCAAGCUGGAUCAGGCUGAUAUUCGGGGAAACUUUGCAGAUCGUCUUUUGAGCUUAAGGUGGCUUGAUUGGCGAGGGUGCCCCAAGAUUUUUGACGAUCAGUUAGAUAUGAAUUUAAAGAACUUGGUGAUUCUUGAUUUGUCGUGGAGUCCGGUUGACGAAGACUGGAGAGGCUGGGAGCUGCUUAAGAAGCCAAGGAAAUUGAAAGUUUUGGAACUAACUGGUUGUGUCCAUUUGAAUGCCACUCCAAAAUUUCCUGCUUCGAUGGAGCUGGAAAGACUUAUUCUAGAAGGGAUGCAGUCUCCUCCGUGAAUUGCCGGAUUUGGGUCCCAUCAGAGACUUGAAAGAGCUGGUGAUUGAUGGAACUUCCAUUUGUCGGAUUGAUUUCAAACAAAAUUCCAUGAGGAUGCUCAAAAGUCUCAGUGCUCGUGAUUGUGAGCACCUGAAUGAAAUAUCCGGUUCGAUGAGGCACUUAAUGUCUCUCAGAUAUCUCGCCCUUGACGGCUCUAAAAUCAAUACCCUCCAGGAGUCCAUUGGAUAACUGGAGAAACUGAAUAAACUGUCUCUGGAGAACUGCCAGAGUCUAUCCUAUCUUCUAGAUGGAAUAGGGAAGCUCAGCUCAUUGCAAUUCCUUGAUUUAUCUCACACUUCGAUUCUGAAGGUACCACCUUCUGUCAAGGAUCUGAAAGCUAUGAAAGUGCUGAGGAUGAGGGAUACUUGCAUACGGGAGUUUCCUGAAGCUAUACUAAAUCUGGAGAAGCUAGAAGUGAUAGAUUUCUCGUUAUGCCAGAGAUUAGAGGGGAGAAUCGAUUGUGACAUUGGCACAUUGUCGUCCUUGGCAAUCCUGAAACUGUCUGAUACUCGGAUUUCUGGCCUACCUCCAAGUAUUUCCCGCCGUACUCGUCUCCAGGAACUCCACAUCCUCAGAUGCUCCGAUCUUCAGAGCCUACCGGAGUUGCCCUGUUCAGCUGAUGUUUUUAGGGAUUCGGUUGAGUAGAUCCUACCCAAUCUUAUUUACAUUUUUUUUUAUUAGCUUUCCAAUUGUCAAUUAUUUGUGAAUCAUUAGGGCUUUUAGACUAUUUUACGUUCGCAUUUUACGAGUUGUGACUCUUUUUUACC